CAGCUGCUUAAUUGUGAACCAUGAUCCUCCUGACAGCUUCCUCUGAUUUCUUCCAGUACGCCAACAAGCUCCUCCUGAGCGAUCAUGCCACAGGCUUCCAGAUCAAGGAGUUUGUGCGGAAAAACGCUGCUAAUGCUCUGUCUGUGGCCAACAUGGUCAUGGGCAUGGCCUCCAUCCUCAGCAGCCUGAACGGGCACCAUCACGCGGCAUGCUGGCUGGUUCUGAUUGGGUACCUGCUAGAUUUGGCAGAUGGAGCGGUUGCCAGGCAACUUAAUGCCUGCUCGGCACUGGGUGCAAAGCUGGAUGAUUUUGCAGACUUUACCACGUUCGGGAUCGCUACAUCUCUACUGCUGAGGACAUCCGACCUGCUGGACAACGUCCUAUGCAUGUGCUACGUGCUGUCCGUAUUCGUCCGGCUCUGUUUCUUUUCUAGUGGCAUUCCAUUCAUGUACCGCGGCCUCCCCUGCAUCUACUCCUCAGCCAUCCUAGCCAGCGCCUCCUUGCUGUCUGGAGGAAACAUGACAGUUUUACGGGUCAUAGCAGUGGCCAUGAUUCUCUUUAUGAUCAGUCAGAAUUUCUAUCCCCAUGAUAAAGUGCUGGAGUCUCAGACCUGGAAGAAGGUGGUGUAUGCUGGGGGAGUUGCCAUGGUGUUCUGCUCUUCCUUCCCCCCUGCGUGUGUCUACUACCUGCUGUGGUCCAUCUCUUACAUCCUGUUUCCCACAUCACUUUGGAGCUGUAAACUGUAAAGUAAUGCAUAAGUUUACGAGCUGCUGCAGCUUUGUAGCUCUGGAGAAGAAAUACUGAUUACUUCAUGGCAAAAAAUUCUCUAUUUUUGAUCUUUUAUGCUGAUGUGAAACUUGACUGAGAAGACUUGGCAAAGAGGAGCAAGGAUUGGUUUCUUUUCCUUCAGUGUUACCAAUGAGGAUUAACUUGUCUUAUGUCUUCUUUAGUCUGUUGCAUUAACACCAAUCGGAGGGAUCGUUUUCAUCAGGUUUGCCUCCACGUUUUAUCUGUUUUUAUCAGUAUUAUUUAUCAGCAGUGUCGAAAACAGGAGGCAGCAGGGGAACGUCGCCUUUUUUUUUAAGAAUGGUACAAAAGGAAAAGUUUGUUAUGUAAAAAGAUAACCUCAGUUCUCUCUUCUUUAAUAUUUCUUUCAUUUUAAUAUUUUUAUAUUAUGUUUUUACACCAAAGAUAGUUCAAUAGGUUUCUCUGCAGGCGCUUUCCUGCAGGAAUAGAUCUCUGCUGCAUACCAUAGAUAAACAUAAGUGAUAGAGUUGCAGGCAUUCUUUAAAACAUUAAUUCACCAAGUUGGGGUCCCUUAUCAACCAGUAUCUUGAUAAUUUCACAAAAAUUAUGUUAGAGUUCUUUAAGAUUUAAAAGCAUCACUUAAAAAUAAACAAAACCUCUUAGAUUAUUGAUGCUGUUUUAAUAAUAUUACUCCGGUGUUAAACUGAUUUUAAAGAAAUCUUCCCUUAGUGAAUGACUCUGGUGCCUUUUUGUGGGUCAGAGUCUUAAAAGUUGUGAAAUUUCCACCUUAAAAGCUCGACUUCUAUAAAAUCAGCAUGUUAAACGGGAUCAUAGAUGUUAAAAAAAAAAAAACUGGUUUAACAUAAUAAUGCUAUUUAUAUUAUUUGAUGUGCGGUUUUGGUUGUGUUCCUUUUUUUGCUAACCCUUGCAUUCACUCAUUGCAAAUAUUUCUUUACGUAGAACUCUUCUACAUUUUCCUAUAUUGCAAAUACGUCUGCGAACUGCUGCAUUAGCUUCCUAUUGUCUGCCUCUGUUUUAGGAGGCAUUGAAAUAGUCAGUAAACCAACACUAUCACCCACAGAGCGCCAUGCUAUUUCUGUGUCAACCCCUAAGUUCACUGUGAGAAUUUCUGGUCACUUCUUCAAAUAAAAUGUCACAUCUGCAGCCUGAAAAUUGUUCUUUGGGGAUUUGUGGCUUUAAACUUGAUAAUCAGGUGCUUUAAACCCUGCUUCUGCUGCCAUCUGAUGGAUAUGGCACAAUACUGCGCAUGUCGCCUCAGUUUGAAUGUGCUGCUGAAACUGAGGAGUCAGAAAUAUAGCCAGUCUCACCUAUGGGAGACAGACUGAUCUAUUUUUCUUUUUUAUGUAGAGCAUUUCCUUGCAGCAAGGACCCUAUUUUUGUCACUGCUUUUCAUUUUUCACAACAUGGUCUUUUUGUGCCUCUGCACUGUGAGCAGGAGUUUGAGAAAAUAUAUAGUUUUAGAUAAUGCUUUGUCUUUAAGCCUGAGGAUGGUUAAAGGAAAGUGUAUCCAGGUGAAAUGUGUCUGUUCCACAAACUGAAAAAUCAUUUUAUCUUUUAGUUUGUUAUUCAAACCAUUUAGCUCCUUGUUAAGCCAUAAAUUGUAGCUUAAGUUUUUGAUUGAGAGGAACUGAAUUGUCAAGAAGCCCAAAAGGAGCUCUUAGAGUGAGAAGAAACCCAAUCCCUUAGUUAUUCAUUUUGAAUAUUAAAUUUAGCUUAUUUUUGUUCUUGAAACAGCUUAUGAUCGGUGCUUUGAAGAAAGUGACACACACAGACCUACUUGCAGUACAUUCAGGAGUGCAUACGGUUUUCCUGCGUGGGUGUUUUUGGUUUUCAGACAGUAAAGGCACUCUAAUGUUUGCAUAUGCUGAAGGCACUGUAGAAAAAAAACCCUGUAUAUUUUCUCUGAGAUUUAAAAAAAGAAAAAAUAUGGAGAAUAUCUUAUUGUGGA